UCGACUAAAAAAUUAUCUCAAAAGAUACCCACUGGAUAAAAUGCAGAAGAGCAUUUAAGAAGUGUGUGUUCUUUAUAUAAAUGCAUUCAAACGAAAACUGCCCUAGAAGUUUAACUGACUAUAUAUUUUUUUUUAAACAAAUACUAAUGAAGUAAGCAAAUAAACGAGAGAAAGUGGAGACCACCAAAAUACCAAAUCAAAACUCAAUGUGCAGAUUAACGGGAACAUUUUUGUAAAUAAAUGUGUUUUAUAAGUGAUAAUAAUAAAACAUUCGAACCCCGCAAUAUAAACCGUCACAUUGCAUUUGUGUGACAACGCCGCCGCGGCCUUUAAUAUUUCCGUUGACAUGGUUCGCUUGAACGCUUCGACUGCACAGGAACUUCACCCGCCACAACUCCUUCAAACAUACUAUGCCGGCAAUAACAACAACAACAACAAUAGCAAUGGCGCCCAAAAUUCUGCUAGUGGCAACUUCACCAAUAGCUUUUCCUCCCCAUCUUCAUCGACCUCCAGUUUGAACAGCAACGCAUCCUCCUUUGAACCACACCAGCAUCAACAUAAGCAUCAGCUGCAGCUGCAGCAUCAAGUUCAACAACAUUUGCAUCAUCAACAACAACAACAACAACAACAACAACAACACCUUAACCCAAACUCAAAUCAAAGCCAACGACAACAACAGCAGCAGCAGCAGCGACCUCCAACCAACAUAGUUAUGGUUGUAUCAAAGCAGCCGCAGCAGCCGCAGCAGCCGCAGCAGCAAAAAGCCCCUCAGCUGCAAGUAGCCCAGCAGCAGCCACCGCAGUACGCACAUGGAGCAGCAGUGGCAUCGCCGCAUCAGCAUCAGCAUCAACAUCUGCAUGGUCACAAUGUUCAGCAUCAGACGUCAUUGCAGACAAAUUCGAGCGGUUUGGGUAUUCACCACCACCAGCAGCAACAACAACAAUCGCCAACGGAGGGCCCGACGACAUCGUCACUGCCAGCUUCGCCACCGCUGCUGCAACAGGCAGCAACACCACCACAGGGCAGCACUCAGCUGGUGCAACCCGUUUGCGCUGUUCACCAUCCACAGCAGCAUCAACAACAGAUGGCCCUAGUUGCAGCUAUGCAUCAGCAACUGGCAGCCGCAGCGGGAAUUGGCCAUCCUCCACCGCAGCACUUGCAUCAUCCACACAGCCCACACGUACAAUCGCCACAAACGCAGUCACACCCAACGCAACAGUGCACUCUAACGGGCGUACAAGCUCCGCAGGUUCCAGUGCAGGCACAAACAGCUGUGUUGAGUGCAGCAGUGCAGCAGUCACAAACGUCUCAACAUUCCCAACAACUUUUGAUCGAUACCGCCGCUCACGCCAGUGCAUGCAGUGCUAACGACGGCGGCGCAGGAGGAGUUGGCAACUCAAGCAGCGGUAAUGCUCCUGGAGUACCGUUGAGCACUGGCUCAGGCAGUGCUGCCAGUAGUAGCGGCAAUACGAUCGUUGCCUCCGCACCGCCAUCGUCGGCAUCCAGCCAGCUAUAUAUUCAGUAUACCGGAGAUUUCUAUCCAACGGAGUAUUACUUGCCGCCGCAUCCAACCGAAAGCAUUUGCCCACAGCAUCCACAUCAUCAUCAAGCGCUGUGCGCCAUGCCAACUGAUUAUGAAACGGUGGACACCGUAGGCGAGUGGUCAAAGGUGCGUAAUGCCACCCACUCGGUAGACCCAAGCUCGAUUCUCGACCGAUCAGCAUCUAAAACAAUGUAAUGCGAACAAAAUAGUUGCAAAAAUCCCGAAAUAAUCCU